AUGGUCAGUGAAGACCUCAAACUUGCCUCCUUCCAGUCAACAACAAAAAUACACAGUCAAAGCAAGUUUGUAAAUAUUCACAAAAGCACACAGGAGAAACACAACGAGAUCAAAAAUCUUAAUCAGAUCUUCAAUGACCCAAUCCAUGGCCACAUUGUGAUGCAUCCUCUUCUUGUUAAAAUCAUCGACACCCCACAUUUCCAGAGACUGCGGAACAUUAAGCAGCUUGGAGGAGGGUACUUUGUGUAUCCAGGAGCUUCUCACAACCGCUUUGAACAUUCUAUUGGUGUGUGUCACCUCGCAGGAAAGCUGAUCAAAACGCUACAGGAGCAUCAACCAGAUUUAGGGAUUGAUGACAAGGAUGUGCUGUGUGUGCAGAUUGCUGGCUUGUGUCAUGACCUUGGUCAUGGCCCAUUUUCUCAUCUUUUUCAAGAGUUUAUGGAGGAAAUUAAACCAGAUUGGAGGCAUGAGGACCAGUCAGUCAAAAUGUUCGACCAUCUGAUUAGGCAGCAUGGAAUUCGAGAAGAGAUGAGAAACCAAUACAAGUUGGAUGAAACGGACCUCAUCUUCAUCAGAGAGCUCAUAAGAGGCCCUGAUAGAAGAUCAGAAUCUGGAGGCUCCUCCACCGAUAGUGAGUUUGAGUAUGAAGGCAGGCCUGUAGAGAAGGCCUUCCUUUAUGAAAUUGUGGCAAACCACAAGACUGGUAUUGAUGUUGACAAGAUGGAUUAUCUCAGCCGGGACUGUCACCACCUGGGCUUGAAAUCCAACUUUGACCAUGAGCGCUUUUUGAUGUUUGCUCGUGUUUGUGGCAAUGAAAUCUGCAUGAGAGACAAGGAAGCAAGGAACAUGUAUGAGCUCUUUCAUACCCGCAACCUUCUUCACCAUUGUGCCUGCCAGCACAAGGCUAAGAAUCUUGUUGAACGCAUGAUUCUAGAUGUACUUGGAAAAGCAGAUGCUGCUGAUUUUAAGGUUGGUGGCAAAAUGAAAAAAAUCUCUGAUGCCUUUGAAGACGAGACGGCCUACCUGCUUCUCACAGAUGACAUCCUUCAUCAAAUCUGGAGAUCCACAGCUGACAAUUUAAGAGAUGCUCGUGACAUCAUCAACAGAAUUUUUACCAGAAAACUUUACAGAUCCAUCCAAAUCAAAACAUUUCCCAACACAGUCAGCAAGAACUCCUUUACAGAAAAAUUGGAAAAGUUGGCUCGUGAAUUACAGACAGUGACUGCAGAUGACCUUGAUGUCAUGGUUUUCAGCUUGGACUAUGGAAUGAGAGAAGUGGAUCCUAUAAAACUCUUAAGAUUCUACUCAAAAGAAGAACCUCUCGAAAAGAUAGAACUAAAAGAGGAGGAGGUGUCAUUCCUGUUGCCGAGACAAUUCACUGAAACCAAAGUAAUGCUGUUCUGCAGAAAAGAGGAGGCACCUGCAAUAGGACAGGAGACUCUUGAACAGUUUUGGACGCUUCCGGGGUAG